UCCCACCCCUGUUUUUUCUUGUAGUAUAUACUAAUCUGUGCCAACUCUUACCUUCUCACUUUUACCUCUGCUCACACCCUUUUCUGAAGAGGUAAUAACUCUAGUUUUGAUAGACUCUCGGAUUAUGUGAAUAUAACAUUUUUCAUUUGUGAAUUGCUGUACUGUUACGGUACCUGCUUGUGUCUGGACUAUAGUGCACUUAAUUUGAAUUUAUUUGUCUUUUUUAUUAUUUGAGUAGGUCAUUUGUUAAUUUAAUAGAUUUUGUUUGUAUGUAUGUGUUUUAAUUAUUAUUUGUGUCAAUUGCAGCAGCAUAUUGGUCCAUAUUUGUUACAGGAUUAAUGCCUAACAAUCUAGAGACCUAUUUAACAAUUGGUGCAUCAAAGAAAGCAGUACUGUAUACUUGAAACUGUUAAGGUACAAGUUGGUCACAAUGUUAAAAAACAAAAAAGGUAUAAUAAUUUGCUCUACGUUGGCAAACAUGCUGCUUUAAGAGGGGGGACAACAGCAUUUUUUGUUUAAUAUUAACAUUUUUUUACGUAUGUGCAAGAUUCAAAACAGUGUUAAACCUAGCCACUUAGUGCUUAGGUUAACGUCCUCCCAUGAUCUACUACAGUUGAAGUCAACAUUGACUUUCCACAUUUAGUAACAUUUGAAAAUUUCAAAGUAUUACCAUACAACAUUUGCUGCUACUGUGUAAUCUUAAUUUGCUUGCCAUAAAGUCUUUCAACUUUCAACCAAAACUGAUCCAUUGAUUGCUUUAGUUUUUUGUUUGUUUGUUUUGUUUGUUUUUUUUAUUAUUCUGUGGAACUAAGAAUGUGAAAGCUGUCAAAGGGUGUUCAAUUUUUUACGAAUCACUUUCUAGUUUGGUAACCAGUGUGAUUCAUUCCAAAGUAACAGAAGGCUACUUGUAUGAAAGAAAAAGGCUUGUGAACAAAGAAAGCUAAGCUGUUGUACAUAUUCGUAGUUGGCUGUGCAUGGUACAAAUUUAUUAAUAUGAAGAAAUGCAAAAAUGUAUUGCUUUUGGUAUUUCCUAUUCUGAAAUGAGCAAGUAGCAUGUAAUGCAACUGUUUGACAGGUUAAAUCAAAUCAUGCUUAGUUAUUGUUUCAAACAAUGAAAUCAAGUAACAUUUCCUCCUAUGUUUUAUAUUUGUAAAGGUGUUUUUUUCAAAGUUUUAAGCAAGACAUCAGUUUUUAAUUUUCUGUGUGAGCUUUUCAAAUGUCAUUAUUUAGAUUUUUAGUAUUUUACAUUUACUUUAUUCCUGAAGACACUUUUCGAUUGUGUUUCAUGUGAGACAUCCUGGCCUCCCAAGGUGCAAUUCUGCCAUUGUACAAACAUAAACGACUGUCCUGAUUCCAAAGGCUUUCACAACUCUGGCUUUUUGCCUUUCCCCACGUUGUGGCUCAGCAUUAUAAGACUGAACUGUCAGCUAGCAUCAUGUGCUAAGAUGCUAGCAUCAGACAGGACACUUCCCACAUGAAGGACUGGUAAAAGCUACGAAACCAACAAAAAGGAUGGUCUAACAAUAUAACUGUACAUAUAUAUUGCAACUGCACAGCAGCCAAAAAGAAAAAAAAAAAAAAAACUUUUUUUUUUUUUUUUAAAUGGAUGGAUUGUGUCAUGUUUAUGGGGACAGCCUUCAAAAGGUUGAAAUUGGAAUUGCUCUUCUGGAUGUCAAAGGGAUUUUCAUGGCGCAAUCAUAUCCUACACAAUAUGUACUCUACAACAUCUGGGUUACAUAGGAAAUGCACCCUGAGGUUUUAAUAAGAAGAAGCCCCUAUGGCUAAAACUUUAAAUAAACUAAACCAAAAAUGUUAUUGAUGUUUUAUAUAUAGAGAGUAGUCGCAUUAGUUUUUGUUACUGUACUGUUUGAGGUCUCAACUGUACCGUAUCACGGUAAUAACAUGGUUUUGAAACCUUUUUUUUUAUUUUGUCACAGACCUGUUGUCAUAGUUGAAAUGACGUUUAUUGUAGAUGGUAUUUGAACAACUUCUGGAAAUAGUUCAUCAAGUAUGUUUGUUGCUCAUUGUUGUGAUACAUUAAAAACUGUAUCUGCAAACCA